CGGGUACAUCAAAAAAGAAAGGAAAAUGUGGAUAGUGAGGACGAACUGAGGCCGGAGGAGACACGUCGAACUUCAACUACCCGUUUCACAAGGCCACGUUACUGGGAAGUUGGGAUUAUUUAAACUGUCCAUCCGAGUAUUUUACCAUUUUACGGGUCGUUUCGAAGUUAAUCCGUCCCCUCGUUCUGUGGUAGUUUGUUUUGAGGAAGCAGCGCGGCUAGCCAGCUCAAUUAGCCUACCAGAGAUGGGGACGAGAGCGAGUCGCCUACAGGAAGACGCGGUUUCCUCAGCUUUCGGAAAAGAUGGGACAAAGCGGGAUUCCUGUCGGCGACCUCGCUUCACGAGGCCCACCAGCCUCGUUGUCGACUUUUCGGUGAGCUUCGAUGACACUGAGGCCAACCGAAGCCGAUCGGAGGAGGGUAGUGACUCGGACCCGGGGCAGCUCGGAGCCAGCGCGGACGGCAGCCCCGCUGACCACCACAGCAUCCCCUCUAGCAUUGGCCAGGCGUCACCCGGGGACGACGACAACAGCGAGGGGAAACCCGAGGAAGACGGCAAUGUUAGCCCAGAGGCUCCCGUCGACGCAGAACACCAGCAGGUUGAGGAGACAGGCCGCACACCACACCGCACUUUUUCCGAGCGGCUGCCCGGGAAUCGGCACUCUGCCACCCGUGUUGGUGCAAGGUCCGCCCGAGUUCGAAGCACACACCAGCGGCCGGUGUCAGAGGCUUGGAUCGGCCUUUACCGAGUGAACAAUCGCCAUGGCAAUAUCCGCUGUCCUUUCUGCUCAAAGCCUUUCCCGGGGGGUCGGAUUGAGGAUCACCUGUUGAGUUGCCUCACAUCUCCUCCUCUACCUUACAACACGGAUGUGCUCAGUAAAGACAGUGGAGAGUGUUCCAUCUGUUUGGAGGAUUUGGUACAGGGAGAGACCAUCGCCAGGCUGGCCUGCCUCUGCGUCUACCACAAGAGCUGCAUUGAUUCCUGGUCAAAGGUGAAGCCUUGCUGCCCUGAACAUCCCUUUGAUUGACUCAUGGGGUCACAUGUAUUCCACGCCGUGACCAACCCGACUCAGGAGACUACACUGAAUCCGAAAAAAUCCCAAUAAAAAAUGUGUAAUUGAACAAACAAAAGCCCACUGUCACUCUUGGACACAGACUACAAAUACAUGAGCGGAGAACAGACGAUCCUAAGAGGAAGCUGCACGUGAAGACACCUGAUGCUCUCUGCUGGGAUCAAUCCCUUUGAGCUUGACCAUUUCAAGCCAAACUCCUCCCGACAGUUUAAAAAUCCGUGGUCGGGACAUCCCCUCGAGGUUGGAACAGGAACAACGGCGUUUACCCGUCUAUUCUGCGCACUUGGCUUUAAACUGGGGAACGUAUAAAUAUUAUCAUCCUAGAACGAACGUAAACCUGGCUGGGGGGGGGGGUUAAAAACGAAAAGAAAAAAUGGUCUUAACUGUGACUCUGGAUCCUCUCCUGUGUAUUUUCUCUCCCUCCCAACGGGAUUGUUUAUUUUAUCAAGUGUUUUGCAAAAAAAAAAAGAAAAAAUCCAAAACAGAACGAUUAUCGUUCCAUGUCAUACAUCGGAUGAAUGUUUUCUUUUCUCGGCUCACCCCAAAAUGAACCAACCUCACACUGAAAGCAUGAACUGUUACCAUGUAAACAUUGCUUUAUUUUGAUUGAGCUGGAGGUUGAGGACUUGUAUUUGGUGAAUGGGGGCUGCCGUCAUUAGGUGUUUUUUCCUCUCCUGUUACAUGUAAACAUUUCAGGGGAUGUUUGGGGGGCCUAACUGUUUAGGGGACAGAAAAAUAAGUCUUUUUUUUUUUUUUUCUUCUUUUUUUUGGGGGGGGGGGUAGGUCAGACUCUUGUAGGUGGUUGAAUAGCGGUGGGUUUAAUGUGCUGCUACUUGGUGAGCGUUGAGGAGGGUUUGUAGGUAUUUUAUAGGGCCAUAGUAGCGCUGGUGUUUGCACCAACUUGUGCACUUUUGUCCCUCAGGCUUGUUUUAGUUUAAACCAUAAGGUCCAGGAUAAGAUUGUGUGUGUGUGUGUGUGUGUGUGUGUGCGCGUGCACAUUCAGAUAACGACCAGGGACACACUAUGUCCUGAGCACGACUGUAAAUUCAAGUGUGUGUGUGUGUGUGUGUGUGUACUGUAAAUUGCCCAGAAGUCUGCUUGGUGAACCGGCUUAACUGCAUUCAACAUCCUUCCUGUUUAACGUUGUAUUUGGUACGCAACAUGGCGGCUCACAUGGUCGAAACUUCUACUUUGAAAGCUGUUUUGAGUUUUUGUCCCCUGCCUCUGUCCUCUGGGGUGUCAUUUGGAUUUUUCUUUUCUCUGCUUUUGGGCCACGCAACAGUUUCGCCAUCUGGUUACACAAAUGCCAGAUCGAGGGGAGAUAAAGGGACGGAUGUAUUUUUUGGAGCAAGUGUACACCAUGUGGUCUCUGCCUCCAUCCAUAACACUGGAGGCUACGGACAGCUGAUGGUUAAUUAUUACAUAAGCAGCCUCCCCCUCCCAUUCCCCUUGUUUUUUUUUUUUGUUUUUUUUUUUAGGCUAUUAUCACAGAGCUCAUGUUUAUUGCUAAAUGUGUUAAAUGGCUAUCCUUGGCCUUUCUUUUUGUGUGUGUUAUGAUUGCCUUUUGCCUGGUGAAGGGGUUCUUGUGCAAGGAGGUAUUUGUGGUGUCGUUUUGGGGGGCUGAGCUGAAGUGGAAGCCCAAACAGUAAGGCUGCUCAACAGAUGCUGCCUGAUACAGGUUGUACGUAGGCCAGUGGAAACUCUAGCAGAAAGAACAAAACAUAUAUUGUAACUGAUUGCUUUUGCUGCCUGCUCUAAAGGUGCUUAACUCUCAGUGCUGCAGUGGUGUGGGGCGGUUUAGAGGUUGGCCAAGAGGUGAGCCAUGCACACAGGUUUGUUCACCCCAGCCUCUGUUGGUCUUUUCUGUCUCCCCCACCCCAAUGUUCUGCAGUCUGCGGUGCUAUAACCUGUCCCGUCAUUAGAGGGCAGCCCUGUGCAUGUUUCUCUUAUUUUGUAUUGGAGAAAAGAAAAAUAAAGCCAAAUAUAGUUUGUUUGUGCAUUUAGGUCUGUGUUGUUGCGGGGAACAGGGCAGAAGAGGAGGCGCAUCGAUCAUUUAGAUGUUCAGAUUACAUUUGUCGUGGUGAUAAGUUAUGAUAUUGUAUACUUUGGCUGGGAGGGUUUUAAGGGGGGGUGUUUGUGUGAGUGUGUGUGUGUUCAGAGGGGUGUUGGUGGCAGUUGGGUUGUCGAUAAAGAUUACAGACAAUCCAAAACCGCCACAUUACUCUUGAUUUACUUUCUUAACCCCCUCUAAGCUGUGCGGUGCAAUACCUCAAAUUUUUACCAAUGCUAGCUAAA